UCGCCGGCGGUUUGAAAGCUGAUGUUUGUUGCAGCACUAUGGCUAAUAUAAAGACAGAAGAUGAAAUAGUCCUCUUUGAAAGAGAAAUGAAAGAGUUUUGGACCAAAUUAAAAAGCAUUUAUGGCACUGAACAGAUCAAUCAGACUUUAGCACUGAGAGAUUCAUGCAAGGAGUCCAUAAAGGCACUUUCAGAGAAAUGGUCCAACAAGCUGAAAGAAGGGGACCUGAUGAUUGAUAAAACUCAGGAGUAUAGCAAUGAGAUUCUCCAGCAGAGCCAACGCAUAUCAGAAAAUCAAGAGCAUUUGACAGAAAUAAAAUCUAACCUAAAUCAAGAAGAAGAGCAAAAGAAGGACUUGACUGACAGCAUCCAAGAGCUUAAAGAAGAGUUGAUGAAGAAAAAGGAAAUAAUAUCUUCUAAAAACAAAGCCACUAAGGAGAGAGUGGAACGACUAUGCAAGUCCAAAGUAUUGUUUGAAGAGCGGCUUGGACUGGAGAUACGCAGAAUUCACAAUGAGCAAUUACAGUUUAUAUUCAGACACAUUGACCACAAAGAUCCGGACAAGCCAUAUGUGUUUACCCUUUCCAUAAAUGAACAGGGAGAUUAUGAAGUGACUUCCUGUACUCCUCCUCUGGACUGUAUAGAAGAGUUCCAGCUCAAAGUGAGAGAAACUAACAAUUUUUCUGCAUUUGUUGCCAACAUCAGGAAAGCUUUCACUGCUUUAUCUUAUAAAUAGUCUGCAUAAAACUAGCUUAUACCUCCCUUGCUAGCUGUAGAGCACUUUUUUCUUUCCUUCCUGUAUUG